AUGCGGUGGAUGCACUUAGAUUAUUUAACCAGUCCCUUUUAGAUGGACAUAUGCCUUGCUUCCAAUCUUUUGCUUUGAUGACCAACGUUAUAAUGGAUAACCCCAUUCGUGUGUCCUUUCGUUGAUGUGAAGAAUACUGAUAGGUAUGAUGAAGAUACUGUUUUAAAGAAAAAGGACUCCUUUAUCUUCUGGAGAAAUACGCUGAAAUAUUCACAGGUGAACAGAAUCCAUCCGAGAACAUGCUGCCACAAAUAGCCCUUUUGCUGCUAAUGUCCUUGAACUUGGUUCAUGGAGGGUUUUAUGCUGAGAGAUACCAAACACCUACAGGCAUAAAAGGCCCAUCACCCAACACCAAGACACAGUUCUUCAUUCCCUAUGCCAUAAAGAGUAAAGGUAUAUCAGUAAGAGGAGAGCAAGGUGUUCCCGGUCCACCAGGCCCCACUGGACCUCGAGGGCACCCAGGUCCAUCUGGACCACCAGGAAAACCGGGCUACGGAAGUCCUGGACCCCAAGGAGAACCAGGGCUGCCAGGACCACCGGGACCAUCAGGCACUGGGAAGCCAGGUUUGCCAGGACUGCCAGGAAAACCAGGGGAGAGAGGACCAUAUGGACCAAAAGGAGAUAUUGGACCAGCUGGUUUACCAGGACCACGGGGCCCACCAGGACCACCUGGAAUCCCUGGCCCAGCUGGACUUUCUGUUUCAGGAAAACCUGGACAACAGGGAGCCCCGGGAGCCCCAGGACCCAGGGGCUUUCCUGGAGAAAAGGGUGCACCAGGAGUCCCUGGUGUAAAUGGACAGAAAGGGGUAAACGGAUAUGGUACGCCUGGCCGUCCAGGAGAGAGGGGUCUUCCAGGCCCUCAGGGUCCCAUGGGGCCACCUGGGCCUCCUGGAGUGGGAAAAAGAGGUGAAAAUGGAUUUCCAGGACAGCCAGGCAUCAAAGGUGACCGGGGCUUUCCAGGAGAAAGAGGACCGAGCGGCCCACCAGGCCCCCAAGGUCCUCCUGGGGGGCGAGGACCAGAAGGCGUUGGAAAGCCAGGAGCCGCUGGAGCCCCAGGUCAGCCAGGGAUUCCAGGGCCCAAAGGUCACCCUGGGGCUCCAGGAAUAGCUGGGCCCCCAGGGGCCCCUGGUUUUGGGAAACCAGGCUUGCCAGGCCUGAAGGGACAAAGAGGACCUGCCGGCCUUCCAGGAGGUCCGGGUGCCAAAGGGGAGCAAGGCCCAGCAGGUCAUCCUGGGGAGCCGGGUCUGACCGGACCCCCCGGAAAUAUGGGACCCCAAGGACCAAAGGGCAUCCCAGGAAGCCCUGGGAUCCCAGGCACUAAAGGCGCGACAGGGCCAGUCGGGCCCGCAGGACACCCUGGGGUUAAGGGAGAAAGUGGUGCCUCUGGUUUAGAUGGAAAACCAGGGUACCCAGGAAAACCAGGUCUCAGUGGUCCUAAGGGUCACCCAGGGUUACCAGGCCCAAAAGGUGAGCCUGGAGUAGGGGGACCUCCUGGUCUCCCAGGUCCUGCAGGCCCAGCAGGAGCUAAGGGAUUACCUGGACACAAUGGUGAGACUGGUCCAAGAGGUGCUCCUGGAAUACCAGGUACCAGAGGCCCUGUUGGGCCACCAGGCAUUCCAGGGUUCCCUGGAUCUAAGGGGGAUCCAGGAACUCCAGGUCAUCCCGGUCCAGCUGGCAUAGCAACUAAGGGCCUCAACGGACCCACUGGGCCGCCAGGGCCUCCAGGUCCGAGAGGCCACACUGGAGAGCCUGGCCUCCCAGGGCCCCCGGGGCCCCCAGGCCCCCCAGGCCAAGUGGCCCUUCCUGACGGCUCUAUAAAAGCAGGCCAAAGGCCCAGUCUUUCUGGGAUGCCUCUGGUUAGUGCCAACCAGGGUGUAACAGGAAUGCCUGUAUCUGCUUUCACUGUUAUUCUCUCCAAAGCUUAUCCAGCGAUAGGUACUCCCAUCCCAUUUGAUAAGAUUUUGUAUAACAAGCAACAGCAUUAUGACCCAAGGACUGGAAUCUUUACUUGCAAGAUACCAGGAAUAUACUAUUUCUCCUACCAUGUGCACGUGAAAGGGACCCACAUGUGGGUAGGUCUGUAUAAGAACGGCACCCCCAUAAUGUACACCUAUGAUGAAUACACCAAGGGCUACCUGGAUCAGGCUUCAGGGAGCGCCAUAAUCGACCUCGCAGAAAAUGACCAGGUGUGGCUCCAGCUGCCCAACGCCGAGUCGAACGGCCUGUAUUCCUCUGAGUAUGUCCACUCCUCUUUCUCAGGAUUCUUAGUGGCUCCAAUGUGAGCAGACUGCCACCAAGCUAAUAUAAAUCUGCAUCCCCCAGAUUCGGUGUUCCCCGACUUCACCCCAUCCCACAAAAUGCAUAUGGAGGUAGGCUGAAAAAUAGCAUGACUCAUUUUAAUUUUCCAAAAUACAGAUUUGAGCUUUUGGACCAAUGAAUUUCCCACCCUGAAAAAAGUGAGCAGCAGUGGUAAACAAUAUGUGAAGACCCUCUCAAAUUUCUAGUGAGCAAUCCUAAGACUCUCAAGUUUUCAGUGAAGUCCUUCAGUUUUUACAAAUUUCACCAUAAAACUCCUGCUAAGCUAAAAUGUAAAACGAUUGCGAAAUCUCCGCCCCCCCUCCCCAUCUUGGGUGCUAAAUUAUGUUGUAUUUGAUUUCAGAAACUCAGCAUUUCCUUUUAAAAUAAGCCUGUUUCAAACAAUUAACAGGAGAACUUCUAGGAAACAUUCAGGAGGUAUUGUAUUUGUAUGGAACUUAAAUACUUGAAUAUUCAAAUUUAAAAGACACUGUAUACCAUAGGAUCUUUCUGAUGGUGCAUUACUCAAAGGCUCAUACAGCUCCUUGCAAUAAGAUCUAUUCAAAUACAGAGGUGCAUAGAGACUUUUUACAACUCUCAUAAAAAUCCCAAAAUGUUAUGUUGAAAUGAACCAGAAAUGCAAGGUGCUUACUCCCUUCUCAAACUUUUUUUGCCGAAAAGCUUCCUAUAUACCUGUCACAACUUGGAAGCAGGUGUCUGACCUAUUGUAUUUAUUUAACACAAGCGUGAUUAAUUUGAUUUCUUUAAUUCCUUUAUCGAGUUUUAUGUAAUACGAUUUUGUGGGUUUACAGAACAUUAGUAGGUGCCUUAUGCUUCCCAUUCCAGUGAAAUUAUAACUAAUGUCAAGGAUUUCAAAAUCUGACUAGAAAUGAAAAGACAUUAUUUAUUUAUGCUCUGUACUGUAUUUUUAUAUUGCUGUUUAAAACUUUUAAGCUGUGCUUCACUUAUUAAAGCACAAAAUGUUUUACCUACUCCUUAUUUACAAUGCAAUAAAAUAACAUC